CAAAAAACGCCGGCGUGGUUCUUCGUUCUAAAAAAACUCGGAAUAACCUGACAAGUGUAAAAUCACAGGUUAUUCCAUGGUUUUGGAAAUUAAAGUUAAACGAUGUUAAUUGCAUCAAACGUUUUUAUUAAUAUAAUGAGCACAUGGAAGUUGAUACAGCGACGGUGUUACGAUUUACUCUCAUAUAAAUACUCGUUGCUUGUCAUAUUAGUCGCAUUUACUUGUAUAUUUAUUGGUAUAGUGCAUUUCGGAGAGGUAUGGCUAACCUGGAGCAAGGAGAAGUACGAAGCAGUCUUUCAUUCCUUCAACGACAAUAUCUUGGGGAAAUCUUUCCAAAAGAAAUUAUGCCAACACGUUCCCAUAGAUGUGGUUUACACGUGGGUAAACGGUUCCGAUCCAGUGUUUUUAGAAAGUCCAAAACACGUCCCAAUUGUGGAUCUCAAUGCUGCAGCUUCGAGAUUUAGCGAUAAAGACGAAUUGCGCUAUUCGUUGCGAUCAUUAGAAAUGUAUGCACCCUGGGUGAGACAUGUUUACAUCGUGACCAAUGGCCAGAUACCAAGUUGGCUCGACAUGGAUAAUCCUAGGAUGACUUUAGUCAGUCACGAAGAUAUCUUUUUGAAUAAAAGUGAUUUACCAACUUUUUCUAGUCCCGCUAUUGAAAGUCAUAUUCAUAGAAUACCUGGAAUUUCCGAUAAGUUUUUAUAUUUUAACGACGACGUCAUGUUAGGAGCCGAGAUUUGGCCAGAAGAUUUUAUAACUCAAGCAGGUGGACAGAAAGUGUAUCUGGCAUGGUGGGUCCCAGAUUGCUCCGAAGUUUGUCCCUGGGCGUGGGUUGGUGAUGGAUCCUGCGAUCAUGCUUGUAAUACUACAUUAUGCGAGUUUGAUGGUGGAGAUUGUCAAACAACCACUGUUCCUAUUGAUAGUGAGACUAUGAGAGAAAAAGGCGAUUAUUCAUACAAAUUUUUGGAAGAUUCUCGAGAGAACAAUAUUAAUGGACUAAAUAAUAUAUUGCACGAUACAGAUGUUGUUGAUUUAUCAUGGAAUAAUAUGCUACAGUCUACAGUUAAAACAUUACCUUUGUACAAUCUCAAUACUUUUAAGUCCAUUAACAUAUUUCAAGGUCUCAGAAACAAUAGUAAGAUGGAAUUGAAUGCACAAAGUAAUACGCACAUAAAAUUGGACGAUAAAAAAGAUUAUAAAUCUGGAGGAGACGUCCCGCAGCCUGUGCAUUCGAAAUUUUUACACAGAAAUCCUUUAAGCAAGUCUGCAAAUCAUCAUAUUGAACAAUUAAGACGCUACCGUAAUGACAAAAAUCUCACACGAGAUAACAGUUCCAUCAAGUUUGGUAAAUUAAUGUAUCCCAAUCAAUGGAAACACACUACACGAGGACUCGACACUUACGCAGAAUCUUUAUUGUAUGUUAAUAAGAUAUAUAACGCCGUUUAUGGUCUCGAACGGAGAAGAGUGCCAGCGCACAUGCCACAUUUAAUAGAUAAAUCGAUUGUAAAUAAUAUGCAAGAGAAAUUCAGGUCUGAAUAUCAGAAAACGUCUAGUCACAAAGUGAGAGAUUCCGAGGACAUGCAAUUCGCAUUUUCUUAUUUCUACUUCUUAUCCAGUGAAAGACGAAAAGUACCCAUUGAGGAGAUAUUUGAUAUGUUUGACACUGACAAAUCGCGAACUUGGUCGGAUAGAGAGAUACGGACACUUUUAUCAAGAUUAUAUCCGUUGCCAUUAGAUUAUAAUCUAGUCAUGGAAUUUGAAAAUGCGAUAACGAAUUGUUCUCGCGACACAAUUUCAUCAGAAAUUAUUGAUGUUCCGCCCGGAGAAAGAUAUCUAGAUUCUACUCUCCCGAUAGUUUCUAAAGAGUUGAUAUUGAAUUGCGAAUCAGUAUCUAGAAGAAUGCAGUCAAAAUUCGGCGAAGGUAGUCGGUAUCCACAUGAAAUAGUAAAAGCUGGCAAGAAUGAAAUUUUUGAAAUGUUAACCAGCAAUGUUUCGUUAACGGUGCAAUUGCUGGAUGAAAUUCGGAGAGAUCCCAAAAAAAUUAUUUGCUUGAAUGACGAUAUGGAUUCCAUUCGACAUACCGAAAAUGAAAUUGUUCGCUUGUUGAACGAUUUCUAUCGUUCGUUGUAUCCACUGCGAAGUACUUUUGAAUUAUCAGCGCAAUAUCGAAAUCGUUUCUCUCAUAAGCAUGAGCUUCUCCAGUGGCGGGCAAAUCGUGCAACUAGAAAUUUAUUAUUAUGCCUUGUCGGAUUGCUUCUUGUCCUUACAUUUUAUCAUAUAUUUUAUUAUCAUAUACGUAGAUUAUGCAGAACUCGAGAAUUAUCUACAUUUCUUGUGUAAAGAAUUUACAUUAAUGGGAAUGUAAAAUUUGAUAAUGGUACACUGAUAUUAUUGUGUAUAUAUAU